CGGGAGCGAGGGGCAGGCGCGCACUAACAGCGCUCGGUGGUCUCUCGGCAGAAAGUCCUGGAGCUGAAGGAGGAUUUGAAGCCGGUCCCCGCUGGCCCUGCGGAACAGCAGCCGCUCUUGCCUCGCUCAGAGGAACUAAGCUAUUCUUGUAGUGUCCCAUAGAAUUUCCCAGUCUUCUUCCUCUGGUUCUGAGUCUGCUCCUCCGUGUGGCACCUUGGAGUUUCUAGCUGGCACCAUUACCUCCAACGAGUGGAGUUCUCCCACCUCCCCUGAGGGGAGCAACGACUCGGGGGGCAGCGAGGCCUUGGACAAACCCAUCGACAAUGACGCCGAGGGCGUGUGGAGCCCGGACAUCGAGCAGAGCUUCCAGGAAGCGCUAGCCAUCUACCCGCCAUGCGGCCGCCGCAAGAUCAUCCUGUCCGACGAAGGCAAGAUGUAUGGCCGAAAUGAGUUGAUUGCCCGCUAUAUUAAGCUGAGAACAGGGAAAACACGCACAAGGAAACAGGUAUCUAGUCACAUCCAGGUGCUGGCAAGGCGGAAAGCUAGAGAGAUCCAAGCCAAGCUCAAGGAUCAGGCAGCUAAAGACAAAGCCAUGCAGAGUAUGGCUACAAUGUCAUCUGCCCAGAUUAUCUCUGCAACUUCCUUCCAUAGUAAAAUGGGCUUGCCUGGUCUCCCACGACCAGCCUACCCUGCUGUUUCUGGGUUUUGGCAAGGACCAUUGCCAGGCCAAGCAGGAUCUUCCCAGGAUGUGAAACCUUUUUCUCAACAACCUUAUGCUGUACAGCCUCCGCUUCCAAUACCAGGGUUUGAAUCUCCUGCUGGCCUCUCACCUUCCCCAUCAGCACCAGCUUGGCAAGGACGAAGGGUUGCUAGCUCCAAACUUUGGAUGUUGGAGUUCUCUGCAUUCUUGGAACAACAACAAGACCAAGACACAUACAACAAGCACCUGUUUGUGCACAUUGGGCAGUCAAGCCCCAGCUACAAUGACCCCUACCUCGAGGCAGUGGAUAUCCGGCAGAUCUAUGACAAGUUCCCUGAGAAGAAAGGGGGCCUGAAGGAGCUCUUUGAAAGGGGGCCAGCCAAUGCCUUCUUCCUUGUCAAAUUCUGGGCUGAUUUGAAUACCAAUAUUGAAGAUGAAUCCAGAUCUUUCUAUGGUGUUUCUAGCCAGUAUGAGAGCCCAGAAAACAUGGUCAUUACCUGUUCCACCAAAGUGUGUUCCUUUGGAAAGCAGGUGGUAGAGAAAGUAGAGACAGAGUAUGCGCGCUACGAGAACGGACACUACUCCUACCGCAUCCACCGCUCCCCUCUCUGCGAAUACAUGAUCAACUUCAUCCACAAACUCAAGCACCUUCCUGAGAAGUACAUGAUGAACAGUGUGCUGGAGAACUUCACUAUCUUACAGGUUGUGACAAACAGGGACACACAGGAGACCUUGCUGUGCAUAGCAUAUGUUUUUGAAGUAUCAACUAGUGACCACGGUGCCCAACAUCACAUCUACCGGCUGGUGAAGGACUAGAGACUCUCUGCCUGAGUUGUCCAUGGAAUGCAUGUCUAAGAAAAAAGUCUGUGCUUGAACAACCCCUGCCCCCCCCAAACCAAACUGAAAAAUAAACUGCAGAUAUUGUGUAUUUUCAGAAAAGUACCUCUGAGCUGGUUUGUGAUUGAUAGAGUGAAGUUUCCAUCUCCAGGUUUGUGCAAAUGGGCAAAAGAUUUGGAGUCAAGGAAACGGGCAAAUGACUGCUUUAGGGUCUCACCACAGUCAGCACCCUGUGAAAAGCAUUUCCCACAGUGCACACCCAGGGUGUGAUUACACACAUAAAAGGAGUGUGCGCACCUGAGCAUACAGGUGGGGCAGUGGCAAUGGCAGCAGCUUCCACAACUCUGAUCACAUAUGAACAGGUUGAAAAUGUUCAUGCUACACCUGGUCUGAGUGUGUGCACUUAUUUACAUUCAUUUGAAAGCCAACACAUGCCCAGACGUGGUUACCAUACAUUUAUAUAGGUGUCAGCUACACAUACACAGUCACGUGCCUGUGUGUAGAGGUUGCACAUCGAUCCUGCACAGCUGCCUGGCCACAUCAGCAGUUGUGCAGUCACAGGCUCAUUCAGCCUUGCUCUGUUAGAGGCUUGUUUCUUCUUCCCUCUCUUCCAUGCAUGACAGUGAGAGACCAAUCUUUCUUUUGCGUUUUAA